AUGGAAUUGGAAAUUGAAGAACUCACUGUCACACUGGGAUCGACUCAAUUAGAAAGAAUCGGCCAAGGCCACUGCGGGACUGUGUGGGCAGUUCGUUGUUCGGAUUGUGCUGGGCAUCAUCACAUGGCCAUGAAGCGUGAGGAUGGCGCCCCUGGGAGAUCAAUCACUCUCGAAUACCAAAUGCAUCAAAAAAUACUAAAAGCUUCCCUAUCAUCUCGAUUUACCUCUUUCGCCAUACCUGGAUCCUUUGGAUACUUGGCUUCUCAGGACAGCGCGACUUGGUCCGGCAUUCUUCCAAGGCUGCCUGAGAACUACACAGGAUGCAACGCCAUUAUUAGCGAGAAGAUUAUGCCAGUUUCAACUUCCAUUAGGAGGCUUCUUGUGCAAAAUCUUCGACCUGAUGUCAACGUGGAAGAGGUCAUAACCAGCCAGAGCAACGAGCAUUGUCUCAUUCGACCGUAUCUUGGUCGCCGAAGAUACCGUCGCAGUGAGGCCGAGGCAGUUACGGGACAGCCAAGACAACGAUUACGAGCAUUUAGUCUGCGAAAUUUCCCAUUACAUUUGGACCAGAUGGAACAACUUGGGAUUGAUGCACGAGAUUAUGCAAUAGGAAUGGCAGAUGCUCUUGCUCUCCUGCACUGGAUUGCCAAGGUAGACGGCAAUGAUGUCGAAUUUGUGCUCGCACAGCCUCGAAACCAAUCCGAUACUGCCUCAACUCAGGGUCAGCUCGAUGAGCGACGCUCGAAUAAUAGCAGCAUACUAGGUCCUCAUGAAUUGUGGAUAUUGGAUUUUGACUUCUGCAGAGAUUUGACCCUCGAUGAAAAAGGCAUUGAGCAAGCCUGUAAGGCGUUUUGGCGCAACGAUCCAUUUUAUCCGCGACCUGGUAGUUCGAAUACAGAGAACCAGAGGCUUUGGACAAUAUUUGAAGAGCGAUUCAUGGUCUCAAGCGCUGAGGUGUUGAGAUCCGAGCCGGGCCAGAUUAAACAGCUCCCCAAACUUCUUAUAGAGAGGAUCAAACAGGCAAAAGCAACUAUGGCGAUUGGUAGCAAUUAG